AUAAAACUAUAUUUGUAUCAAUAUCUAAUGUCAUUUUUAUUUAAUUUGAGAUUAAAUUUUACCAAUUUUGACUAAAAAAUCAAAAGUGGACCAAUACACAGGAAAGGAGAGAACAGAGUAAUUAGUUUAGAAGUAAUAUUAUACGAGUAUAAAAUACUCCGUAAUACGGAGUAUAUUUGAAGAAAGGAGUAUUAUACUAGGAAAAAAGGUUGACUAAGAAAAAACACUUGUUAACCUAAUCGGCGCAAGGCUCCGAACGGCUGAGAGCAAAGAACGCAGUGCGGCAGUGGUGUCUACAACAAUCCCGGCGACCUCCGCAGCACAUCCAAGCAACAAUUCCGCCGCAGCACUUCCUUGUGGAAGCGUUGCCUUUUUAAUUCUUUGAACUAUCCCCAGACAGAGGAGUAUCGGAUCGAUCCAAACAAGAUUCACCUACUUGGCCUUCAUGGUUCACCUGCAAUGACCUUUGUUUCUCCCAAGGGGUUUGAGAGAGUAGGAGUGCGUCAUCUUUUCAAUAUUGGCUUGCAUUUGAAGUUUAAGGUGAAGAACCUUAUCAGACAAGUUCACAUGGAAAAUACUCAAAGCAGCAAUCUUUCAAGAGGCGCAUUGGUUGUCUUUGAAGGGUUAGAUCGUUGUGGGAAGACAUCACAGUGUAGUAGAUUAGUGAAAAACUUAGAUGACCUCGGACACUCUGUUCAGUCAUGGAGAUUUCCUGAUAGAAACACUUCCAUUGGACAAAUGAUAUCUUCGUAUCUUGCCAACGAGUCACAUUUGGAUGAUCGCGCGAUUCAUCUUCUUUUCAGUGCCAACCGUUGGGAGAAGAGGUCGUUGAUGGAAGAAACUCUAAAGAGUGGGACUACAGUUAUUGUGGACCGUUAUUCAUAUUCCGGGGUGGCAUUUUCAUCUGCAAAGGGACUUGACAUGCAAUGGUGUAAGACUCCUGAUAUAGGAUUGCUUGCUCCAGAUCUGGUACUGUACCUUGACAUUUCACCUGAGAGGGCUGCCGAACGAGGAGGUUAUGGCGGCGAGCGGUAUGAGCAGUUGGAGUUUCAGAAAAAAGUUGCCCUGUCUUACAGGGCCCUUCAAGAUUCAUCAUGGAAAGUAAUAGAUGCAACCCUUCCCAUUGAAGACAUUGAAGUUAAACUGAGAGAGCUUGUGGUGGAAUGCAUGUCAAAGUGCCGAGACGGAAAACCACUGUCGUUGCUGUGGUCCGUCUAAGUUCAUGCACGUAAAUUCUUAUAAGGUGGAAACUGCCGCCGCAGAUGAAACUAUUAUCAUCAGAAGCUGCCGCGGGUGUGAUCAACCACCACUACCACCACCACCACCCAAAGCAACAGGUGUCGCCACAAACCGUUGCCGCUCCUCCCAAAAAAGUAACAUUUUUUUUAAUAUUUCGGACGCCCCAAAAUUAAAAUUAUACUUUCAUAUUUGACAUAUAUCUAACCCACUAAAAAGAUUAUAGUACUCUCCUGUUUUGUUUUUCCAUCCACAAAUAUUUACCAUUUCUUGGUUAAUUUGGGGAUUUUAUUUAUUACCACUACGUAUUCAUCUUAAUGUGUGUGAAGUCAAUAUGUGGCUUUAGUAUUGGGAG